GGGCAGCUGGAUUAGACAGUAGGGACAGCGGCUUUGUAACGCAGUGGGCGCAUAUGGGCAGUGUCCAUGUGGAACUAUCUCUUCAAGAGGAACAAUGGCAACGGCACUAGCUAUAGGUCCCUGGAGGUGACUUUAAGCAGGGAUUUCAGUCUCGCAGACGAAGAUCCUGAUUGCCAUGGCGUUGAACCACCUUCUGUUACUGCUGCAAAGGUGAGCUUUGACUUCGACGGAGACCAUGCCUCAGCAGGUUCUAGCGAGCACCACUGGGAUGGAGAUGGAAGGAUAAAGAAGACCAAGUUUGCGAACUUCUCACGUGGGAUUAUGAAGCAACGGAGCUUCAACUGCAACUUCAACAUCGCGUCCACCAGUCUGGACGAUGAAGACAACGACUACGAGAAGGAGUCGCAGCCACAGGCGUUGCGCCACGAGUGGCACAAGCUAUGCCGCUCUUGGGUGAUCGUCCCCGAGCUCAGCGAAUCCAAGAAGGCCAAGGGCUUCGUUCAUUGGGUGGAGGUGUGGGAUCUAAGCUUCACGCUUAUGAUCUUCUUCAUUGCGUACUAUCUUCCAUGGGUCCUGGUGUUCUUCACCUGGGAUGAGCUGCCACAAUUCCACAGGAUGCUGGAAACGAUCAUGAGCCUCUGGUUUUCGGCGGAUAUGGUCCUGCAGUUUUUCAUUGCUUAUUCGAAUCCAGCCAACGACUUGUCGCAGGGUGCGUGGCAGAAAGACCCUCGGGAGAUUGUAAUGCGCUACACCGGCUUAAAUGGAGGUUUUGGAUGGUUUUGGCUCGAUUUGGCGAGCGUGACCCCCUUCUGGCUGCGCAUGAUGAAUGGUGGCAAAGCCUUCCCCGGCUUCGGGUAUUUCCAAAUGCUUUGCCUUCUUCGCGUUCUUAAGAUGUUCAGGAUGCUGAACCUCCCAAGACUUUGGCGCUUCAUGAGCCGCUGGCAAGCGUCCUUUGGGUUCUCAUACCUUGUCAUCGACUUCAUGAAGUUUCUUUUCAUUUUGACGCUCACUGCGCACUUGUUUGCCUGUACUUGGGUGGCCAUCGAAGGCAAAGUGACGCAAGGGCUUUUCAGUUACAGCACCUCUGGGCACACAUGGCUAUCAGCGAUCAUAGAGUCCAAGGGAGAUCCCUGCAAUCCAUCCGCUGCGCAGGAUAGCAAGUGCGUCUAUUGGCUGUCGCUCUACUGGGCCGUGAUGACGCUCACGAGCGUUGGCUAUGGUGACGUCUGUGCCAUUUUGAUGAUGAUCUCUGGGCUGGUCUGGGCAUAUAUCGUUGGUAGCGUGGUUUCUUUGAUUCACACCAUGGACACCUCAGUGGAGUUCAAGCAAAAUAUGGAUGAGUUGAACGAAAUGAUGGAGUCUCGAGGCUUGCCAAGAGACUUGCGAGUGAGGAUGCGAAGAUAUAUGCAUGAAUGUGUGGUGGCGAAGCAGCAAAAGAUGCAGGAGACCCUCCUACGGAGUACCAUCUCCGAAGGAUUGCAGAGAGAAGUCGCUAGGAAUAAUCAGCGCGACCUCUUGAAGAACAUCUAUUGGGCGAAGGAUUUUCCGGACGAGGCCAAGAUGGAGCUUGUCAAAUGCUUCUAUCCCUCGUUCUAUGGGCCUGACGAAGCCAUCAUGCUGCGGAAGGCUGUCUUGGUGAUCCAAAAGGGCAUCAUGGGAAUCAGGGGCCGUGUGUUGAGGCGUGGAGAUGUGAUUGGCCUGGAGAGCAUCCUGCUGGAGACCAAUAGUCUGGUGGAGACCUCUCAGCCCAGGACCUUAUCUUACUGCUUCGUCAUGAUGCUGAUGCGCGACGAUUUGCUAGAAGUUGCUCGCAACUUUGAAGAGGUGGACGGGCAGUUGAGGAGAGCUCAGAUCCGAGCCGCAGUUCGACGGGCCUUCCUCACAUCAGCCGCUCAAGUGAAGCUACACCGGAAGGCGGCUGAGGAGGAUGGACACUUGCCCCACAUACAAAGGACCUUCACCCAAAAUCAAGCAACAUUCUCUCACGCUCAGCCGAUGCAUCUAACGAGGUCAUUGACCUCGCAUGCAGCACCUGUGGCGAUUUCACCGACAGGAGGAGACUCCGCGGCAACAGCUCCAGCUCCCUUGGCUAGCGCACUAACCAGAGGGCGGUUCUCACGCGUUGGAAGCAGCUUGGAGGAGGCCACGGCGCCCGGGGCCGGGCAGCUCAACCAGACUGACCCAGCAACCCCAACGGCUUGAUCAUUAGAGAUGCUGAUUGGUUGGUGAAGAUGAGAAUGAAUGAGAUGCGACCUGAUUUGAUUCCAAAGACAGCUUUGGCACACGGUUGGAUUUUGUAUGAACAAAACGUGUCAACUACAGAAUUCGAUUGCAAUACCAUCAUUCGAUUCAAAGAAAGGCACAUAUUGGCAUGUCUUGACAAAACUCUGUUUUAAAAUCCGAACAUCCGCAGGCCCCUGCUCCUCCAUCAUGGACAGACGUACUUGAACGAAUCGAGCAGCAGAACAUCGAGAUCAAGCGGAACCAGGAGUCAAUGCUGCGACAACUACACUCUCUGCAAAGCAGAAGCACUGCAUAUCCAUCACACGGAUACUGAGACCUGCAGACCUGCAGACCUGCCACGACCUGCAGAGGUGCCAUGUCUCGUGCCACCAUGGUGUGGCACGUUGAUCGUGAUGCUGUCAGAGGCAGCAUCAACAAAGGAUCAUGCAGGAUGUGAACUUUUAGAACCCUGAAUACCAAGGAACCUGUGUAAUAGUUUGAGGACUUGCACUGCACUCUAUUUGCUUCCAGCCUGGAAGUCUUCCGAUUGAUCGAGGUUGUCCAAGUCCUUUUUGCGUCAGCUGACCCUUCGCAAAGCCGAGGAGACAGCAUAGCCAGUCUCACCAUCGACCCACGUUUUGCAAAUCCUGCGAAAUAUGGUGUUGCAGC